AUGUUCCUCUUCCUUUUGAUUGGGUAUCCUUAUAAUCCUAUCAAUAAUCCUAUCAGACUAGAUACCACAUAUGCACUUGAAACAGUUUACAGAAUAAAUGUAGGCGGCGAUGACAUUUCUCCUAAAUCAGAUACAGGGAUGUUUCGCACUUGGAUAAAAGACGAUCAAUACUUGUAUGGAGCUGCUGAUGGGCAAUUAGCAUACGAUUACGGUCUUCAGGUCAAGUACACACCAAUGGUACCAGCGUACACUGCGCCUGAUUUAGUAUACCGCACUGCUCGUUUCAUGGGUUUUGAUUCUAGAAUCAAUUUAAAUUUUAACUUAAGUUGGUUUUUUCCAGUUGAGACUGGAUUCUUGUAUCUUGUGAGGCUCCAUUUCUGUGAGCUUGAUAGGAAUAUGACAAAAAUAAACAAGAAGGUAUUUUCUAUAUAUAUGAACAAUGAUAUGAACAAUGAAACGGCUCAGCCUCAAGCAGAUGUGAUUGGGUGGAGCGGUGGGCAAGGUGUUCCUGUCUACAAAGACUAUGUCGUAAUGAUCCCACAGGGAAAAAAUGGGAUUCAGGAUCUUUGGCUUGACCUGCACCCUAGCACAGAAACCAGGCCUCAAUAUUAUCAAUCUUUCUUAAAUGGAGUAGAGAUAUUCAGAUUAAACUAUUAUGGCGGAAAUCUUGCUGUACCUAAUAAUCCUCAAUUACAAUAUCAUGAGGGACCGCUAGUUAAUUCAUCUUCUAUAUCAUCAUCAACAAUAAGUUCAAAGAAAAGACUAGCUAAAAUUAUUGGAGGCUCAGCUGGUGGGUUGGUCAUGGCAUUUAUUAUAGUGUGCUCCCUUGCUUUCUGGAUCCGAGUAGCAAACGAAAGAGCAAAGAAGAAGAACAAGUCACCAUUUCGCUAUUUUACGAUGAAGGAGAUCAAAGCUGCCACGAAUAACUUUGACGAGGGAAGGAUAAUUGGUACCGGAGGAUUUGGUGUGGUUUAUAAAGGUUAUAUUGAUGGCGAAACAACUACAGUUGCGGUUAAGCGUAGCAAUAAGGCACAAGGUCAUAAUGAAUUUCAAUCAGAAAUCAAAACACUCUCUCUACUCCGUCAUCAAAAUGUUGUUUCUUUGAUGGGUUAUUGCAGUGAUGAGCAGGAGAUGAUCUUGGUAUAUGAGUAUAUGCCUAAAGGUACUCUGUUCGAGCACCUUCAUUUUUCUGAUGAACAGCAAAAGAUGCCUCUUUCUUGGAACCAACGGCUACAUAUAUGCAUUGGAGCCGCACAGGGCUUAUGCUACCUGCAUACAGGAAUGAAGUUUCAGAUAGUCCAUCGCGAUGUCAAGACCAGCAAUAUCCUCUUGGAUGAGAAUUGGGUGGCCAAGAUUGCAGAUUUUGGUUUGUCUAAAAUAGACCCUACUAAUGGAAGCACCAAAGUUAUGGGUAGUAUUGGGUAUAUAGACCCGGAAUACUGUCGUCUUCUUAAAUUAACAGAUAAAUCUGAUGUAUACUCUUUUGGGGUAGUUCUGUUGGAGGUACUUUCUGCCAAGUUUGUGGUGAAUUAUAAUUGUAAUGACAAUGAGGAGAAUGAAGAUGCUGUAAGUUUUGUUGAAUGGGCCUUAAAUUGUUAUGAAAAGGGAGAUUUGGAAAAUCUCAUUGAUCCUCAUUUGGAAGGUAAGAUUACACCAGCAUCUCUUGCAAAGUUUAUGGAGAUUACCCAGAAAUGCUUGGCGGAGCAGGGGCUGGAUCGGCCAUCGAUAAGCCAGGUGCUUUGGAGCUUAGAGUUGGCACUGGAAUUGCAAAUUCAUGGCAACAGUGAGGAUAGGAAAGUGAUUUCCGGUAACUCGGAUUUGACUCUAGGAGUUGAAUUUUCUGAGAUAAUGAUGCCAAUUGGGAGAUAAAAUGAAUUUUGUGUGUAAGAAAAUAAAGUUUGGUAUUUAAGUAUAAUUAAUUCUACACGCGCACACGUGUAUAUAUAUAAAAGAGUAGUGUUAUUUGGUUUC